AUGUCGACGUCCCCGCCCGACAGCCUCACAUACUUGAGACAUACAAUUCGAAGCGGUCUCCGUGAAGGCGACUCUUUCGAGAAAUUCUUCGAGCGCUGGAUCGCAGAACAGAAUCAGCACCUCGAAGAACUCGUGUCCGCCUCCAAGGAGGAGGAGGCGGCCCCGGACCGGGGGGUGCUACGGCCCCUGGUGAAGCGCGUGGUCCAGCAUUACGAGCAUUACUAUAGGGCCAAGGGGCGGUGGGGCAAGACGGACAUUCUUGCCAUGCUGAGCCCCUCGUGGCGGAGCAGCCUCGAAGACGCCUUCCUCUGGGUGGGAGGGUGGCGCCCAAGCAUGGCCUUCCACCUGCUCUACUCCAAGUCCGGGCUGCAGCUUGAGGCCAGGCUCCAGGAGCUCAUGCAAGGGCUCAGUACGGGGGACUUGGGCGACCUGUCCGCGACCCAGCUGGAGCAGGUGGACGUGCUGCAGAAGGAGACCAUACGGAAGGAGCAGGAGAUCACGGAGAAGCUGGCGGAGCAGCAGGAGACGGUGGCGGAUGCGUCCAUGGUGGAGCUGGCGCAUGCCAUGACGGAGGCCGAGGCCAUGGACGUGGACGUCGGGCAGAGCAGGGUCGAUGCCACCCUCGCCCCCAAGCAAGAUGCCUUGGUUGGAUUACUUCACAUGGCGGAUCAGCUGAGACUCAACACGCUCAGGAAGGUGAUCGAUAUUCUCACUCCGAUGCAGGCUGUGCAUUACCUCAUCGCUGCUGCCGCUCUGCAUUUGAGGAUUCAUGAAUGGGGCAAGAAACGAGAUGCUAGGCUUUCUCAAAAUGUUAACACACAAGCUCGAUGAAGAUGCUGCCUAAAUCUACAACCGACUUCUUGCUGUUGUUCUGCUCUGCUUUUGUUUCUCAUCUAUAUAUGUAACUGUCAGUAAUAAAUUAUAUUUCAAUGGAGGAUAAACAAGUAUGGAGAUUGAUUAAAA